AUGCAAGCAUUAUUCGAACAUUUUCGAAAGCGAAAACUAAUUUGGACAAUAGUUUUGGUUAUUUUAAUUGUUGGAAUUAUAGCUAUUCCAACAAUUAUUGUUACAGUGAACAAAGGAAAACGAGAGAAAACAUCAACAAUACAGUUAACAACAGUAGAGGUAAUAACAAAGGAAAUAGCAACAACAAUAGAGGACACAGCACAGAUAACAACAGAGAAAGCUGUACAUAUAACACCAGCAACAACAACAGUGAAAGCAGGACUCACAACGACAACGACAAAUCCAGCACAAAUAACGACAGCAACAACAGAAAAACCAAUACACAUAACAGCAUCAACAGAGAAAGCAGGAUACACGGCUACAACAACGAAUUCAGUACAAACAACAACAGCAACAGAGAAAUCAACUGAAAUAACAACUGAAAAAACACCACAGAUGACAACGACAACAGCAGAAAGAAUAGUAACAAAUAAAUUGUUGACAACAACAACCAACGAAGAACUACAUAUAAUUUCUUCGGUUAUUAUUAAUGAAGAGACGAAAUGGAAACAAAGUGCAACUAUUGUUGCUGGAGGACAUGGACAAGGAUCUGGGUUGAACCAGUUAGAUCGGCCUCGAGGUAUUUAUGUCGAUGAGGAUAGUGAAAGUAUUUACAUCGCUGACAGUAUGAACCAUCGUAUCGUUCGAUGGAAAUUCGAUGCAGACAAAGGUGAAGUAGUUGCAGGUGGAACUGAAUCUGUAGAUGAAAUAGAUCAAUUAAAACUUCCAACGGAUGUAAUUCUUGAUAAAGAGAAGACAUCUCUCAUCAUUUGUGAUCAACGCAACAAACGAGUGAUCCGAUGGUCUCUUCAAAACAGUCAGGAUAAAGAAAUAUUGAUAUCUGAUAUCUUUUGCUGGGGUUUAGUAAUGGAUAAUGAUGGAAAUCUUUAUAUUUCUGACUAUAUAAAUCAUGUAGUUAGACGUUGGCAGCAAGGAGAUACAAUUGUAGUAGGUGACUAUGGACAAGGAGAUCAGUUUAAUCAAUUCGAUCAACCUAAGUAUAUCUUUGUUGAUGGAAAUCAUUCAAUUUACGUAGCGGAUUAUGCGAAUAAUCGUGUGAUGAAAUGGAUGAAAGAUGCAACUGAAGGGAUUCUUGUUGCUCCAGGAGAAGAUUCUCGUGGAAACUUCAAUUCACUAAGACAACCCAUCGGUGUGAUUGUUGAUCAUGUUGGUAAUAUUUAUGUGUCGAGUGAAAGUAGUCCUCAAAUAACACGUUGGUCACCAGGUGCAAUAGAAGGUGUUCCUGUCGUUGGUGAAAAACAACUUGGAAGCGAACUUACGCAGCUCAACUACCCAUAUGAUUUAUCAUUUGAUCGGUAUGGUAAUCUUUAUGUUGUUGAUAGCUACAACCACCGAAUACAAAAAUUUAUUAUUGAUCGUGGCUAA